AUGGCAGCCAACGAGCCCGAACAGCCAGAACUCGGGAAGGACAAGUCCCUGGCCUGUCAGUCAUGUCGGCGCAAGAAGACGAAAUGCGACCGGGAGCAGCCGUGCGCACAAUGCACACGCUUCAAUACCAUCUGUCUUUAUGAUGACUGUCGCUCAAAACCGGGUCUGCGCGCCGGCGCCGUCGAGAGGCUGCAGCAACGGGUCGACACGCUAGAGAAUAUGUUUCUCGGCCAAAGCCUUCUCUGGCAGAAGAUGUGGAGUGCGAUGGUGGAUGGCAUGUCGUCGAACAUUUCCCCUCCGACCCAGAAUGGCAUCGAAUCAGCAGGUAUUACGGCGAGUGUGCAGCAGCUAUCUGAGGAGGUCAAGCAAAGGUUGCUGCAAGAGGCAGCCGGGGCGGCUGACUCGGAUGGCACUCAGAUGGGGUCAGAUGACAUGGCCCAGCAGAAACCACUAGAACCACGUCCUGCAAAGCGCCGAAAACUGCAUUUUCAUUCCACUCUGGAACAGCAGGUGCCCGAGACAGUGGACGACUGGUCUGCCUCGCAGCUCUCUGCGCAGGGGCUGCUACCGCAUGCAGUCAUGAUGGAGUUGGUUGAUUUCCAUUUCGCCAAUGUUCAUCCCUGGAUUCCUAUCCUCCAUGUCAGAAGGUUUCGUGAGCAGCUGUACAGUCCGGACGGCUGGAACAGGGCCGUGCCAAUUCUACAUGCGAUCCUAGCCACCUCCGUUCGCUUCACAUCCCAUCCUGCGGCUGGAGGCUUUCAAUCCAAAGGAGAGAUGGCGGCUGCUAGUCGCCAGAGAGUGAUUUUCAACAGCAUGGAGUCAUUCUCGGUGGAGAAUUUGCAAGCAUUGGUGAUUAUCGCUUUCGAUAUAAUUGGGAGUGGACGGGGCCCUUCAGCGUGGUCGGUAGUCGGCAGCAUGACGCGCACGGUCGAGCAACUCCAGCUUAGUGUCGAGGAUCGGGACGACGAUGAGGGGAGAACAGCGAAGGGUGAGUAUCUCAUUAAGCGAAUGGUCUUCUUAAAACCAGCGCAACACUGGUGGCAGACUGAAGAGCGAAGACGGGUAUUCUGGACUGUGUUCCUGAUGGACAGGUUUUGUAGCGUCUCGACUGGAUGGAACCUGAGCCUGACGAGCGCAGAUGUUCGACGGCGCCUGCCCUGCGAGGGAGCGUUAUGGCAACGCGAGCAAGAGCAGACCACGCCGUUUUUUGGCAUACUCGGCCACGGAGCCAGCGGUCCAAUUUUGGACGACAGUAAGCACCCUGGGCAAGACUCCAUUGGAGGGUUUGCCUACGCCAUCGAGGCUACCGAGUCGCUGAGCCUGGUGGUCCAUUUCUUCUUGCAUAAUGCCCUUGACAUCGGUGACGUACAAAGGACCAAGAAAUGGCUGCUGAGAUUCAAGGAACUGGAUUUACGGCUUGUGCAGUGGAAGCUGCUGUUGCCCCCAAAGUGGCAAUCGGCUGCAGUGCUCAACGUGGACGGAAUCAUGGAUCCGAAUCUGACUCUGGCACAUUUUACCCACAACACAGCACUUAUUCUCCUCCAUCAGAGUAUGGCCUAUCCUCCGGCACACUGGAAAGAUUCGCCGGUGCGACUCCCGUCGGCAACUUCCCUCGAGACGUGUAUCGAGGCGGCCUCCGAGAUCGUAAUGCUGGGUAGCCUGUUUCUCCAACACUCCUCCAUUCUUGCCAACCCGCAGUUCUCUUUCUGUCUAUUUAUUGCCGGACGAAUGCUAGUAGUACACUCUCAGCAUGCCCGACUUUCUGUCUCAGCUCAGCUCGAUAGUAUCGUUGGAAGUUUGCUGGAGAUAUCCCGUCGGUGGGCUGGUCCCGGUGCCACAGAUCACCGGAAUCUGGCGUCGGUGUUUGGCGAAAGGCUCACGAAAGCUCGGCAAUUCAUGUGCUGCAAUGCGACAUCACCCGCGACGCCCCUCGAUAUUCGACAAGCUGCUUACUCCGAGUCUGUAGCUUGUGCCGGGGAGUCUUCGGUCGAUGUCCGUGAGCGCUGUGAGGAUGGCGUCAGAGCUUCCACGGGAUCGUUACCACACGCUCCACAGAAUUCUUCGGCUGAACCCGGUUUCCGUUGGAUGUCAAUUGAGACGCAGUCCUUGCUUGAGGGUCUUGGCGAGCAAGACCGCGUCGCGAAUCAUAUAUCACCUAGCGACUUCUUUAAUGAGACCCUGAGCCUCGCGUUUCCACCGCUCCCUCAAUCGCUGCAGGUGCAAUAUGACCCGCUGACGGAAAUGACAAUGGUAGACCCUUCCUGCCUGAGCAAGGAAGCCCCACUACCAUUCCCUGCCCGACCUGCAUCAGAAAGAUCUCAAUUUUGGGACCCGAAUCCACAGUAG